AGGAGGUUGCCUACGUGACCUGCACCUACAGAUCCACCUGCAUCGACCAACCUGAUUUCCUGGCCACCGUGGACCUCAACCCCAGGUCUCCCUGCUAUGGCCAGGUGAUCCACCGGCUGCCCAUGCCCAACCUCAAGGACGAGCUGCACUGCUCGGGGUGGAGCUCUGCCUGCGGCUGCUUUGACACUGGCAGCGCCAGGAGGAACAAGCUGGUGCUGCCCUGUCUGAUUUCCUCCCGCAUUUACGUGGUGGAUGUGGGCUCCCAGUGCCGGGCCCCCAAGCUGUGCAAGACGAUCGAGCCGGUGGACGUGUUCUGGAAGUGCAACAAGGGCUACCUGGCCGUGACCCACAGCCUGCCCAACGGGGACGUGCUCAUCGCCAACACGGGAGACCCCGCGGGCAACGGCAAAGGUGGCUUCGUGGUGCUGGACGGGGAGAGCCUGGAGCUGAAGGGCAACUGGGAGAACGAGUGCGAGGCCCCCCCGACGGGCUACGACUUCUGGCUGCAGCCGCGGCACAACGUGCUGGUCAGCUCUGCCGGGGCGGUGCCCCGCCGGGCGGGCCGGGGCUUCAACCCCGACGACCUGAAGAAAGGGGUCUUCGGGCGCCGCCUGAACGUGUGGAACCUGUCGUGCCGCAGCCUCACCCAGUGCUUCGACCUGGGCGAGGACUCGCUGCCCCUGAGCGUGAGGUUCCUGCACAACCCCGACGCCGCCGAGGGCUACGUGGCCUGUGCCCUCAGCGGGGUCACCUACCGCUUCUACAAGUGCGAGAGAGACAACUGGGCCGUGGAGGAGGUGAUUCGCAUCCCGCCCAAGGAGGUGUCGGGCUGGAUCAUGCCCAAGAUGCCAGCCUUCACCGUGGACCUGCUCAUCUCCCCGGACGACAGGUUCCUGUACCUCAGCAACUGGAUCCACGGGGACAUCCGGCAGUACGAGCUCUCCAAGAACUGCAAGCCCCGGCUGGUGGGGCAGGUGUUCGUGGGGGGCAGCAUCCUGCGAGGGGGCCCCGUGACCGUGUGUAGGGACGAGGAGCUCAAGUGCCAACCCGAGCCCCUGGUGAUCAAGUGCAAGCGGAUUUACGGCGGCCCCAGCAAGCUGCAGCUGAGCCUGGACGGGCGCCGGCUCUACGUCACCAACUCCUUCUACAGCACGUGGGACAAGCAGUUCUACCCCACCAUGGUCAGGGAGGGCUCCGUGAUGCUGCAGAUCGACGUGGACACGGAGAAGGGAGGCCUGGCCGUCAACAAGAACUUCCUGGUGGAUUUUGGCAAGGAGCCCAACGGGCCCUGCCUGGCCCACGACAUUCGCUUCCCCGGCGGCGAUGCCACCUCCGAGAUCCUGCCCUAGGAGGGAUCCCGGGCCGGCUCCGCCCUUCCCUCCCCCUGCAGAGCCCCUGCUGGGAAAGGGCGGCGCCUGAGGGGCUUUGGGGUCCCUUUGGGGUCCCAGGUGAUGGGCUUUGGGGUCCCUUUGGGGUCCCGGGUGAGGGGCUUUGGGGUCCCUUUGGGGUCCCUGCUGAGGGGCUUUGGGGUCCCUUUGGGGUCCUGGGUUAGGGGCUUUGGGGUCCCUGCUGAGGGGCUUUGGGGUCCCCGCUCCUCCCUCCACUCCCGAUUCCCCCCCUGAGCUCAGGGAGCUCAAAUUUUCCCCUGGCCUUGUGUGGCCAAACCAGUGCAGACACACGAGCCCAGUUCCCAUUCCCAGUUCCCAUUCCCAGCUGGCCAGGGUGGGACCAGCCCGGGCAGGAUCCAGGAGUGAUCCCGGGGCAGGCUCCAGGCUCCAGGAGUGAUCCUGGGGCAGGAUCCAGGAGUGAUCUUGGGUAGGAUCCAGGAAUGAUCCCGGGGCAGAUUCCAGGCUCCAUCCCGGGGCAGGCUCCAGGCUCCAGGAGUGAUCCCGAGCAGGCUCCAGGCUCCAUCCCAGGCAGGCUCCAGGAGUGAUCCCAGGCAGGCUCCAGGCUCCAUCCCAUGGACAUUCCAGGCUCCAUCCCUGGACAGGCUCCAGGCUCCAUCCCCUCGCUGGCUCCGUGCAGGGGGUGCAGCCCCAGCCCCGGGGCAGGUCCCGGCAGUGCCACACUCCUGUCCCAGCCCUGCCCUGCUGCUCCCACAUCCCCAGGGGCCCCGGGAAGGGGCUCAGCCCCCCGGGAGGCUCCCGAGCUCCUGGGCACAAAGGGCAGUGCCCGGUUCCACCCAGUUCCCCCUCCGGAAGGGCCCUUCCCAAGGGAUUUGCCCUCCUGGCUCCCGGCCCAGCGGCUCCUGUCCCAGCUGGAGGAGCUGCCAGGGCUGGGGUGGGAAGAGGGGCCCGUUUGCUGACACUGGUUUGCUCUUGUCCUGCUUUCCACGCCAAUAAAACCCUUGGUUGCAUCA